CAUCUGAGUGAAGGUUGAUGAAGAUCAGUGAUGAGGAAGCUUCUGAAGGUUCAUUCUGACUUUGUUUCUUCCUCCAGGGUGGAACCUGGUGGAGAUCAGUGGCUGAAACCUGGACUGAGGAAGUAUGCCUGUGAACUCACAGUGGACACAAACACAGUAAACACAAACCUCAAACUGUCUGACAACAACAGGAAGGUGACAUUUGAGACAGAGGAGCAGCCUCAUCCUGAUCACCCAGAGAGGUUUGACUACUGUCAGCUGCUGUGUAGAACUGGUCUGACUGGUCGUCAUUACUGGGAGGUCGAGUGGACUGGAGGAGUUUAUUUAUCAGUGGCUUACAAAGGAAUCACAAGGAAAGGAUACAGUGAUGACUGUCUGUUUGGAGGGAAUCAUCAGUCCUGGAGUCUGAGGUGCUCUGAUGAAGGUUUCUCUGUGUGGCACAAUAAGAGAAGAACAGACCUCCGUUCCUCCCCCUCCUCCUCCCCCGCCUCCUCCUUCCCCUCCUCCUCCUCCUCAUCCCCCAACCCCUCCUUCCCCUCCUCCUCCUCCUCUGUCUCUCACAGAGUUGCAGUGUAUGUGGACUGUCCUGCUGGCACGCUGUCCUUCUACAGAGUCUCCUGUGACACUCUGAUCCACCUCCACACCUUCAACGCCACAUUCACUGAACCUCUUCAUGCUGGAUUUGGGUUCUGUUCAUUCGGUUCAGUGUCUCUGUGUUCAGUGUAGGAGGGAGAGUCUCCUCCUGUUAGAGAAACA